AUGAAAGAUGACGCCAAUUUUGUCAAGAGAAGCAAACCGAGAGGUUCAGCUUCGAUUACCACCGCCACCUACGACGAUGAAUCAGAUGCGGUGGCUGGAGCAUCAAAUGGUUCCACUAGGCGGUUGGCGGUAAAUGGAAACGCUCAAGCGACCAGUGUGACGAUAGGAGCUGCCCCUACGACUCCGCAUCGCUCUUUGACAGGGAUUGAUGCACAUGAAGAUGACAAAGAGGAAAGCACAGAUGCUUCGAGCGUUGUCUUUCGGGCGCGAACAAAGGGUGCAAAAGGGACAUCGUUCUCUUCUUCAGCAGCAGCAAGCUCAAGCAGAUAUGCCACAGAAAGAAUGUCAGGAUCAAUAUCUAAACAGCAAUCAAGAGGAAUUUCGAUGUACGACGAUGAUGCUGCCGACAGCGAUGACACUUUUGAAAUCCGACGCUCAAAGCUCAGCAUGGCUGGCAAGCAGGCCAGGAGAGCUGAGGGCUCAUCGCUCUCGACAGCAUCAUCAGAUACACCAAAACGAUCGACUCCUCUACGUCCUACCUCAUUUCAAGCACAACUCGCAGACGCAGCAGAGUCACCAUCUGGCACCCCAUCAUCCAAUCUGUAUACAUCCAACUACCUCGAGGAGCUACGUUCAUCCACGCCCACAACACGCCCUCGAACUGUCAGUCCUGCUACCACCCAGUCAACCGGCCCAGGCACGCGCAUCGACGUUCCCAUGGUCGCGCAAACCUCUCGUAUAGCUCUCAAAGACCAUGCAGACGAUGCGCUUGCAAGGGCCAAAUUCGCCGCAGACUUUGCUCAUAAUGCUAUUCCCAGCGAGCGCGUCAUCCGCGCAGCCAAGGAGAAACGACCAAAGCUUCGUGCUGCCGCCUUGACCACCAAGUCUGAUGACUUUAUACCACUCGAACCUUUCUCCAAGUCAUCCUCUGCACUGAAGAUGUACAACGGCAUGGAGGUCGACAACGGCCCACAUCCACAUUCACGUCUGCAGCGGGAGGAAGACGAACUAGGCGACGGCGAAGACGAGUUUGCCGAAUUCACCGGUGCAACCGAACGCAUUCCCAUCGGCGAAAAGGCAACAAGGGAGUGGGAGGAGCGUCAAAGACGGGAGAUGGAAGCUGCUGUGCAGGGCGAUAUCGACGAAGAUCUGGGCGGGCUGGAAGAGAUGGAUGAAGAUGAGCAAGAGUGGGAACGGGCGCAGUUGCGACGUACGCAGACAUCACAUCCUCAGUCUCGAGAGGCCUCUCCCUUCCGACCGGCACCGAUACCAGCAUCGAUACCGUUGCCAUCGGUCGGCACUUGUUCUACGCGGCUGGAACUCACUCUGCGUGCAUUGGAACAGAGUAUUGCCGCAUCUACAAGUGUGAUCGACUCGGCAGCGAACGAGUUGGAGACAAUCGAGGCGACGGAGAAGGAAAACAAGCUGGAUGUGGCGGUGGUAGAAGAUAAGGCGAGCUGGUUCAAUGAGCUCGAUGAGUUUGUGGCCAGCUUGGCCCGGUUCAUGGAGGAAAAAGUGGCGAAAUUGGAAGAAGUUGAGGUGCAGGCGUUGGAGUUGCUGAGGAGGCGGAACAGGAUAUUGAGCAGCAUUCGGGCAAAUUGGCUCGAUAACAAGCUGAAAAUUUGCCUCGACAUUGUUCCCACUAAAAGCGCUGUAGUGGAUCCUAGGGAGAACCAAGCGGAUCCAAGCAUGGACACAACCGAUGAUGCUCCUGUCGAAACGCAGACGCUCAGUGUUUCGCAACUGGACCAUCUCUCGCCGGCCGACGAGCUAUCCUUCACCCUGGCCCAACGGGAGAUUGUCUCCAAUCUCUCAUCGAUCUUUGCAGACGUUCAAGCACCUGAAUACCUCGAUCCUGCCUGUCGCGCUGCCGACACCACCAGCACCAUGAUUCCCACGCUUCCAUUCGUCUCCAACCGCAACAUUACUGCGGAUUUGCACCCACGAAGCAUCGUUUCGCGCUUUCAAGAAUGGCGACGACUAUACCCGGAAGAAUACGCACAGGUAUGGGGUGGACUCUCGCUCGCUCAGAUAUGGGAGUUUUACGCUCGACUCGAACUCGUUCCUUGGUCCGCGCUACAACGGGCGUCAGAGCCAAAGCAGAGUGCGUGGCGAGAAGGUGCGGCUACGAUUGCUCAUUUCGGGUGGUUCACUGGUGCUUCUGAUUACACCGAUCGCGCACGAGUCACUACAGGAGAGCUUGCAGCGGGGGAUGAUGAAGUUCUGUCAUCGCUGAUAUCCAACGUUCUGGUGAAGCAUUUGAUCGAGCUGAGUCGAGGUGCAUUCUCGCCGUGGUCAGCGGAGCAGACUGGGCAAGCUGUGGAAGCGGUGGAUCUGGUGCAGACGGUGUUGGGCGCGGAAAAUGCGACGAGUGUGAGUCUGGUAGAGGCGUUCUUGUCGGUGUUCAGAGUUGAAAUCGAACACUUGAGCGAGGUUAUGCAGCUUCCUUCCACAGCGACGGCCGCCACCAGUGAUUCGGACAGGAUCGAAGCGGCAAAGGAGAUAGCACAGCAAGUGGUUGAUUGCUUGCUGAACAACCUGUCCAGCUGGUCUCGCGUUGCCAGUCUCUCCGCUGCAGAUGGCCAAGCGACCACAGCGUUGGCCAAGCUUUACCAAGGACUGGUGGAGAUGUUGCUGUGCGACGUGGUUACAGUCUUGUUCGACCGCCUGUCUCGAAGCUCGGUUCGAGGAGUGGAAGAGGUGGAGCGAGAGAUGUGGAGACAGGUGCGCGAGACCGUUCCUCGUCACGUCGUGGCUCGUUCGCAGCGUCUUAGUGCGCUGCUCUCACGAUGA